AUGACUUCCCGUGUCACAGUUCAACAGGUUAUGGGCCGCACUUCGGCUUAUAUUAAUCUUACUUCCUCUGAAAAACUCACUCCUCUCAACUAUCAUGUCUGGGCUACCAAAAUUCUUUUGGGUCUUCGUGCUAUGAAUAAUGGUGUCCAUCUUUAUGUCGAAGCUGGUACUGUCAAUCCAGCUGCUAAUGAAUCCCUCAAAGACCUCACCGCCUCGCUUGACACCGUCGUCCAUGAUGUCAUCCUCAACAAUAUUUCUCCUGAGUUGAUCGAACAUGUUAAUGAUGUGGCCAUUAGAGGCCGUGACCUCUGGCUUUAUCUUCAUCAGGAGUAUAGUCAACUUCAACCCGCCGAUGUCAUCUCUCUUAUGAAAUCCCUCUAUGCUGGCAAUAUUGAUGUUGGUCCAAAGUUUGUUUCUUCUGUUCGCUCUUAUGUUGCUACGUGGCGUUCCAUCUACCAAUCAUUGUCGCCUGAUUCGGUUGUGGCCUUCAACGCUUUGGCCUCAAUGGGUCCCAACUGUGAGCGCUUCAUCCAGUAUGCCUUGGAGCACCGCUUUGAUAGUAACAACAAUACUGACAACCUUGAUAUCAAUAACUUUAUCCGGAACACUGAUAAAUGGGCCAAGUUGUUGAAGAUUACUGGACCCCCUGCUACUCUUUCGACUGAAGCGUUCGUUGCUUCAUCAAAGAAGUACAAUAACAAAUCUAAGGGUGAUGGUAUCAAAUGUUUUCGUUGUAAGAGGCGUGGUCAUACUUCCAACAAUUGUCAUGUCUCUUGGGAAGAGGUUCAGGCUGCUCGCCAAGAUAAUAAGGAUGACAAGGAAUCUAAAGAGGCUAAAACCUCAAGAGGUUGGUUUGCUGAGACUAUUGAUGAAUUUUCUGAGAUAGUUGAUGAUGAUCCAUUUGUGAGUUCCGCUUUUGUGUCCGAGACAUCUGUUGUUUCUGAAAAGUUUGGUAACAGUUGCUCCGAGUCGUUUGAUGAUUUGGAAUCCGAACUUUUUGAUUCUUCUGAGCCGUGUGUCGGCGAUGAAGAUUGUUUUGUUGGUCAAGCUUCUGAGUAUUGUUCAAACUCAGGACUUGAUAUUGAUUCAGUUGGUAAACCGUUUGUUGGUUCCACUGAUGAUUCUUGUUUUAUUUCUGAACCGUAUGUCGGUUCUACUGUUGUUUGUUUGGAGUCUGAACCGUGUGUCAGUUCAGCUCCUAUUUGUUUUGAUUCUGAAUCGUUGGUCGAUUCGGAUAUUGUUUUCUUUGAUUCUGAACCGUUGGUCGGUUCUUCUUUUAUUUCUUGUUCUGAUUCUAAACCGUUGGUCGGUUCUGAUGAUGAUAUUGUCUUACCUUCUUUUGAUUUUUUGGUGGAUUCAAUUACUGAACCUUCUCCGCCUAUUGUUAAACCUAUUGUUACACCAAAAUCCCGUUUUUCCAUUCUUUUACUUAUCUUUUUCCAUCACGUUUUUGUUGCUGAAUCUACUACUUCUGCUGAGGCCAACUUAGUUGUUGGGUCUGAUUCUUUUGACUUUAUCCAUGAUACCGGUGCUACCAGUCACAUUUGCAAUAACAUCUCAUAUUUUCUUCUCUUCGUCCCACUUCGGCUACCAUUCGUGGUCUUGGUUCUGCUACUGCUGGGGGUUGGCGACAUUGUCGUUGAUCUUCUUGGUAAAGAUGACCAGCCUUGUGACCGCGUUGUUCUUCGAGAUGUUUUAUAUGUUCCUAAGAUUCCUCGCAAUUUAUUUGCUGCUCGUCGAGCUACUGCUGGUGGUUGUCGGUUCAUUCAAGACCUUAACCAUAUUUCUGCUGUCGAAAAUGGCAAAACUCGAGUCCACGCCAUUGCCAUGGGUGACUUGUACUUUUGUCGUUUCCGAGUUGUUUUGCCUUCCAAGCCAGUCCAUGAGGUGUUUGCUGUUGAGUCGUCUGCCAAUCUUUGGCACAAGCGACUUGGUCACGCCAGUGUGGACGUUCUCAAGAAAUUAUCUAAGUCACUUUCUGUCAAGCCUACUCAUUUUGAGGUUGUGGAUAGUCAUAAGUGUGACGCUUGCUUGGGUGGCAAAGCCACAGCAUUGCCAUUUAAUGGUACCACUGAAAAAGCUAGUCGCCCAUUGGAAUUAUUUGUUUCUGAUUUGAGCGGUCCUCAUGUCGCUACCCCUGUGGGUCAUCGUUAUGUCUUAACUAUUAUGGAUUAUUAUUCCAGGUACUCUUAUGUGGAGUUGUUGGUUAGGAAAAGUGAUGCAAGUCUUGCCAUUCGUAACUUUAUUGCUAGGUGUGAAUCUUAUUUUUCUGGUGAUUCUGCUGGUGAUCGAGUUGCAUAUUUUCAUUCUGAUAAUGGCGGCGAAUACAUUUCCAAAGACCUGGAGCAGUUCUUUGUGUCUAAGGGUAUCAAGCAUACUUAUACAGUUCCUCAUACUCCUCAGCAAAAUGGUGUUGCUGAGCGAUUGAAUCGCACAUUAUUUGAGAAAGCCAAGUCUAUGCUUUUAUAUGCUCAUGCUCCUGAGUAUUUAUGGGGUGAAGCUGUCAAGUCUGCUAAUUAUAUUAGGAACCGUCUUCCUAGUCGUACCACUGGUGGUGUUGCACCUCUUCAACUUUGGACUGGUAAACCUCCUAGUUAUCAUCAUAUGAAAGUAUUUGGUUGUCAAGCUACAGUUGUUCUUCCUGGUGCUAAAAGAGAAUCUAAGUUAAGUUCAAAUACUGAAGCUGGUGUUUUUGUUGGGUAUUCUUUGGAUCGUACAGCUUAUCGAGUUCUUCUUGAUUCAAGCAUUGUUGAAGCCAGGAGUGUUUACUUUGAUGAGUCCAAGUUUCCAUUUAUGAAAAGUGAUAAGGACUUGUCUAUUAAUGGUACUGGUGUUGGGUUUAGUGUUGGUUCUGGUUCAGGGUCCAUGUCAGGACCUUGUUUUGAUUCUAAGGGGACUGGUUUGGGAUCUAAUGUUAGGGUUAAUUCUAUUGCUAGUUCUGAUUCAAGUUCUGGUUCUAGUUUUGGGUCUCAUAGAUCUUUACCAGCAUCCUCAUCUGGUUCUGGUUCUGGUUCUAUCUGUGCUUUACCGUCUCAUUCUCCGUCGCCUUCUUCUUCUUCUUCUUCUAUUAUUGUUCAUAAGCCUCGUUCUGUUCGUCGCAUUUUGUCUACACCUUCUGCUCCUCUUGAGUCUCCUACUCUUCCUACUCUUCCUUCUAUUCCUUCUGUUCCAUCUCUUCCUAGUUCCCCUAUUCUUCCACCUUCAGAUCAUGAUGUCUCUAUCUCUCCUGACUCUAGUCCUAUUAUUUCUUCUUCGGAAUAUAUUCCUUCACAAUUAGACUUAUCUGAAGCUAGUCCAUCUAUUAAUGAAUCUGAUAUUUCUGGUGAUUCUGGGAUCUCGCAACGAGGGGGUGAUAUUGGGUUUCAACCGUCUAUCAUUGCUUCGUCUCCCAUUCCACCACCUUCUGUUGAAUUGGAAGUAGUGCCACUUAGUCAAGAAUCUCCUUCGUCUGAUCUUGUUAAUUCUCUUGACCAAGCUGGUGUUAGUGUUGUCACUAAGGAUGAUACUCAAGCUGUUUUGCCUAAAUCUCGAUCUCGUGUUGUUGCUGUUCGUUUACCUUCUAUAACUCCUGCCAAAUGUUGA